GCGAAAUCGAGUUAAGAUAGCCAAAAGUAUGUCUAAGGUGUAAAAAUUUAGUGCCAAAGAAACGGAAUAGCUACUAUAAAUAUUUAAGAAGAUGGCAUUACGCGUAAGUACAAAAAAACAUUUUUGUUUUGGCCCAUAGUAAAGUAACAGCGCUUACGUUAUUUGGGUUCAUAAUAAAUAUUGUAAAGUAAGCUUGUAACGGGCGAUACGUUCUUUUGGCACUAACCGUCCCUUAUAAAUGUUGACUUUGCGACGCAGUUCUAACCUAUAAAUUGCUUAUAGUUCCAAAUUAUUGUGUGUUGUUGGAGAUAUUGUUUUUAUAAAUGUGCGCCUAAUUAUUUAAUUUCUAAUGAAUUACAUAAUAACUGUCAAUAAAUAUGUCUAGGGGAAAAAAGUUAGUGGAUAUGGUUCGCGAAAAUCGUAAGUAUAAUUCAUAAUAUACCUAAUUACAAUAAUAACUAUAUAUUUUAAACUAUUACCUUUAUAGAUUACACUGAGGAUACCAUAAAUUCUGAUGACUUUCUAGCUGAUCCAGAUUUUAAUCCUACCAGCUCAGGUUAGAGAUUAACAGUAAUGGUUUUAGUUUUAGAUUUUUAAAAAUGCCUUUUUUAGAUGACAAUGAAAAUAAACUUUAGACAUAUCUGAAACUUUUGUAAGGAGAAUUCUAUCUAAACACACUUAGGAAAAUAUAAUACAAUCUGACAAAAGAGGUCAUCACAUACCUGCAAAUAAACGUCCUGAAAUUGCUAAACAGAAUAUUAUUGAUCAUAUAAAUUUAUUUUCUCGAGUACCGUCUCAUUACUGCCGAAAAAAUACCGGUAAGCAAUAUCUGGCAUCCGACUUAAAUGUUCAAAUAAUGUACAACCUCUAUAAAGAAGACUGCUUAAAUAAAAAAUUGAAUCCACAAAAGCUGUGGUAAUACAGAAAUAUUUUUAAUACAGAGUUUAAGUUGUCAUUUCAUACUCCCAGGAAGGACUUGUGCGACAAAUGUUUCGCAUUUGAUCACUUGUCAGCAAACGAACAAGCUAAAAACAGAGUGAGCACAAAAGCCAUUUAAAAAGAAAAACAUUAGCCAGAAAUAUGAAGAAUUCCAUAAAAGAAAAGACACUUUUUGCAUUAGUUUUUGGACAAUUUAGAGUGUUUUUAUAAUUAACCACUUUUUUUUAACCUGGCCAUUCCAUGAUGGAAUGUGAUUCUGUCCAUGCGCAAAUAGAAAAGGCAACAAAAUAAAUUGGCUUAAAGUCGUUUGGUUUCAGUUUAAAAAAGAAAGCCCAAACACAGUGUUUUUUUAAAUACGAAAUGGGUUCAGAAGCUUUCCUAGAAUUGGAUGUUUCAACCAAAAUUUCUGUAAGACGAAGCUUACGUAGAGAACAAAAAGUAGAAUUUGAUCUGGAAAGAAUGUAUACAAGUACCAUGGCUAUCUCCUCUGAAAAACAUAAAAAUCUUAUGGAGCUUUGUCAAGAUGUUAUUCCCAAAACAUAUCAUGCUUUUUAUGCUUCUUUAAACGAGUGUCAUGGAACAGAUAGGAACGAAAACAUAUCCGAUCAAGAAGAUAGUGAUUAAUAUUAAUUUUUUUUGUAUUUUUUAGUAUUUGGCUUAAUAAAUACUGUUUAUUUUUUUUUAUUUUUAUUAUUAAAACGAUCACUUAAGAUUAAACGUAUCUACAUUUUUUAGUGUAACAAAAACGUAACUACCUAUAGGUGUAACUAGUGAUGUAAAAAAACGUGUUUUUUUGGAAUUCUAAAAAAAAAACGAAAAAAAAAACAAUAAAAAACGUGUUUUUUUGUUUUUAAUUGUUUUUUAUUAGUUUCUCAACGUAAUAUUAACAAUAUUAAUAUUAGGAGUUGUUUGUAAGCCUAAAAAUCACCCAAUAUUUCAAUAUUAUGUGAUUAUUCAGUGUUUGACAUUCCUUUUUAAAAAAUAUUGAAACAUUAAACCCUUACUGCCUUUAUCUAUUAUUUUUUUACGUCGUUGCUUUUGGGGAAUCACCGAAAUUUAGCAGGACGCUCGUAUUCGUUGGCGCUGAGAAAACCGGGGAAUUACCGAUUAGCUUUUGCAGGUGUUCUGUUGUUAUUUUGUGAUUUACUUGCCUUGUGCCGGAAAUAUUUGUGUUUAGUGCUUAUUUAAGUGUGUUUAAAUAAAUUAAUUAUUGUUAAUUAUAUUUUUUGUGUUUUAUGAUAAUAAAUUAUUUGUUACCUACUGUAGUGACAUUAGUGACAAAAACUGAAUGUUUAUAAUGUCUUCGAAUUCGAGUUCUUGUUCUUCGCGGGAAUCACGGGGAAGGAAAAGUUGCAAAGUAAGUUCCCUGUUUAAAAUGCUAAAAACACAGAAAAAAAAAUCCUCAAGUAGAGUGUACUUUUUGUACACUUCAACUAUCAAAAAAUGGGACACGUUUGUUGGAACAUAUUAAAAAAUGCCUAAAAUGUCCAGAGGAAGUUAAAAUAAAGUAUGGAGUGAUGGAGAGAAAACAACGAAACAUUGGACUAUUACAAACAAUACAUAAAAAAAGGGAGGAAAAAGUUAAAGGUAUGUACCAAAGCUCUAAAAAUAUUUCCAAAUUUCCCUCUUCUUUAUUUAGUAGAAAUUCCUAAAGAUAACCUUACUUUACAGACUUAUUUUUAAAUUUAAUAAAUUUGGGAAUUUUAUUUACAGAAAAACCGAAAUCACAAUCUAAAGAGGUAAAUGACACCUGAACAAAAAGUAAAAGCCGAUGAACUGCUUAGUCGGGCUAUCUAUUCAAGUCAAGCACCACUGGCUUUAAUAGAAAAUAUACAGUGGCAGAAGUUGUUUAAAUUUCUCAGACCUGCUUAUCAGAUACCAACCCGACACCUGGUAUCAGGCCCACUAUUAGACAGUGAGCACCUACGUGUAAAGGCUAUGGUUUCGGAAAACAUUGCUGGAGCACAUUCUGUUGGACUAAUGGUGGAUGGAUGGUCCAAUAUUAGGAACGAGGCUGUCCUAAACUUUGUUGUAACAACUCCAAAGCCAUUCCUUUUUAAAAUUAUGCCCACAGGCACUGCACCUCAUACUGCAGAAUAUAUGGCAAAAACCCUUGGUGCAGUAAUACGUGAAAUCGGUCCCCGAAAGGUAUUUGGUAUAGUCACAGACAAUGCAGCAAACAUGAAAGCUGCUUGGGCCUUGAUUGAAAAUGAUUUUGAUAAUAACAUUUUUACCUAUGGAUGCUUUGCUCGUUCUCUUAAUUUAAUAUUUACCGAUCUCAAAAAUUUAACAAGUCUGAAAUCGUUUACUGCCGAGGCUGUUGCCCUUACAAAGGCCAUCCGACAAAGCCACAUAUUAUCUGCGUGGGUAAAGGAAAAACAAAACGAAUUAAAAAUAAGUUGCAGUGUUAAACUCCCAUUGCCUACCAGAUGGGGAUCAUUAGUUCUUUGUCUACAAUCAUUGCUUGCUAACAAACAAAUAAUAAAAAGGAUGGCUAUCAAUGAAGAAGUUGAAAAGUCAGUAAGCAAACACCCAUCUUAA